AUGUCUUGCUACAGCAAUUCUUACCAAUUGCAUGAUUUCCUUUCUAUGAAAAGAGACCCUUCCAUUCCUUUUGGAUUUGAGGCGCAUUGGCCAUUUCCCAAAAGUUUCGAAGAAAUUUGUUCCCUCGAGAAAAACUCUCUAUCAGCGCUUUCUGGGGGUGCUUCUAAAUUAGAUGUUUGUGAUUCUUCCGAAAUUUUUGACGAGGAAUUGGCUGCAAAUUAUUUCCAGGACCAGGACGGAAACUUUGCCCUUUUUCCUGAAGAAGUUGAGGACGAGGAGAUGGAAGGAGGCAGCUUGAUUGGGUACGACGUAGCAGUGAGUUCAGACGAUGAUGUAGCUGAUAGCGAAGAUGAAGAUGAAGACAAAAAUACUAGCCUAGAUCAAACUUAUGAUCUUGGAAGUUCGAUGGAUGUUCAGAGUAAUCCAAAUGAAGAUAAAGUUCUCGGUAACCAGAAUGAGAAGCAGAGGGAGCUGAUCGAUCAGCAGCCUGAAUUCCAAAAACCACACGAAUCUGAUUUUGAUCCCCAGAAUUUUCUAAACGUUACUGGAACUGCUGAGCCAGCUGGUAUUCAAAAUUCCAAUUUCGAUACCGAAGUUCAGACUCAGCUCGAAUCCCACUCCGAGACUCCAUUUGAAGAUGAUUCUUUGGAGGUAUUCGUCACCGUUAUGAAAAGUAUGGACCCACGAAUGUGCACUGAUGAAGAAUUAGAGGAGUUCUGCAUGGACUACAAUAACGGCAGUAUUCCGUUGUCUCCAAUACCUGAAGACUUAACAGAAGACAGUCAUAAUGAGCAGUUCACCAUUUUCGAAGAUAAUCCCAAUUCAUGGCUAGUGCUUCCAAAUGGAGAAAGUGCGGAAGGUAUUUCCCCAAAAUCCGUCAUGAAGGAACACUAUGUCGAUUCUACGUUGAACCCAGAUCUUAAAACUCUUUCAGACUUGAACAGAGCGGUCAGAAAGAAUAGCUCUUUACGUCAUGAGUGCUAUAAUAGCCAUAACCUCAGCCUUUUUGUCGAAGAGAGCGAAGACGAAGCAGCACAAGCUUCAGAUAAAAAUCAGCCAAGCAUUCUCAAGCACGACCCUGGUCUAGAACAGAUUGUAGAUAAUCAUGAUCCGAAGGUUAUGUUUCAGAAUGCUAAAGAGCCGGUUACUUUUUCCAGCGGUCAGAAUACAUUUCUCACAAUUAGUCGUUCUGGUUCUCCCAAGAUCAUCCAUAAGCCCAGCCAAACUUUUCCCGCAGUCCCCACAGGAGAGGCUGCUGGUGCACAGGAGUUCGCCAUCGAGCCUGUCUUUGAUGAGGCAAAUAUCUGCCCUCAUGACCCUUAUUGCCGGCUUUCUAGGGAUCAUACAGGUGCUCAUUCCUAUUCUGAAACCUCUCUUGUCGCUGCAGACACCAAGGGGAAAGAUCUUCAGUUCAUCUCGCAGUUUGACUCCACGGGGAAAAAACCUUACCCUUACGUCAAGAUGAGCGAUCUUAGAAUACCAAACAAUGUCACUAUUGUUGACUUUGAAAAUUCAGAUGAAAGCUUCUGGAAGUACGAAAGAGGCGAAAUGGGAUAUCUUGCUGCAACGGCUUACAGUCCAAGGGUUUUUCGUUGUCUGAGGAAGGCCUAUGACGAAAAAUUAGCUGCUGGCGGUACCAAAAGUCUCCAAGUCAGAAUUAGAAGGCAAGGGCUCUGUCCAUAUUGCCAGCCUUCAGAGGCAGACUGGGAUGACGACCUAAAUGGUCUAUUCCAUGACAUGAACAAUUCAGACUAUCUUCACCACAUAACCAAGCAGCACGGGAUAUUCACUACUGGAGACUUGAUGAAAAGUCCAGCUGAUUUUGGCUGGGGCAAAGAAGUCAAGUUUAACAGAAGAUGCGAAGCUAAGAUCUCGUUCACCGACUGUGUCGUCUGUCCUUAUGCCAAUUGCGGGCAAUGCAUUAAGGUUCAGCCGUACCGACCUAGUGAGCCUAAUGCCAAUAGAUUGCUUGGUUACAUGAGACAUUGCCUAGAGUACCAUAAUCUCAAGAAGAACAAAGGAAAAAAAGAUUCCUGA